AUGUUUGUAAGUAAUCAAAGAGUAGUUAGUACAACUUUUGAAACUUCAAGCAGAAUUGUUGAGGAAAAAAGAGAAAUUGUUAAAGUAAUUUUUGAGACGCUUAUCUACCUUGCUCGUCAAAAUAUAGCGUUUCGAGGCCAUGAUGAGUCUUGGACAUCAAAUAAUCAAGAUACUACAACAGAUGUUUCUAAUAUAGAACAACUUUCAUUAGUAAUUAGGUUUAUAAAUGAAAAUGAAGAAGUAGAAGAAAGAUUAGUUGCCUUAGAAAAUGUAUCAGACGCAAGAGGUGUUGGUAUGUUUAACGUUUUGUGUUAUAUUUGUGAAAAAUAUGAUAUUGAUUGGGAAAAUCAACUGUGUGCACAAUCAUAUGAUGGAGCAUCUUCGAUGCAAGGCCAAUACUCUGGUGUUCGUGCAUAUAUCCAAGAAAAAAAUCCUAGGGCAAUAUAUGUCUGGUGUUUUUCUCAUAUUUUAAAUCUUGUYGUGGUAGACACUUGUGAUACAAGUAAGACUAUGAGAAAUUUUUUUGGAGAUUUACAAUCAUUGAUAGCUUUUUUAAGAGCAAGAAAACGUGCUGCAAUAUUUUUAAACCAACAAAAAAUAUGUUAUCCAGAAGAAAGAAUUUGUAGAAUGAAAAUUUUUUCUUCUACACGCUGGACAUCUCACGACCGUGCUUUGAMAGUUAUAUUUGAAAAAUAUAAAGCACUUAAUAAUACAUUACAAGAGUUAUCAAACUCAACUGAACGUGAUACAUCUUCAAUGGCAACAAAUUUAYUGUCUACUAUUUCUUCAUUCAAGUUUGUUACACAUUUGUUAUUAAUGAAAAAUAUCUUUAAGCACACAAGUCCAUUAUCCAUAUAUUUACUAUCACCAUCAUUGGAUUUCAUCACUGCAUUAACUAUAGUUGAUAAUUGUGCUAGGAAACUGUCAGAAUUACGAAAUGAGUUACAUUUAGAUAUUUUAUUGGCUGAAGCAAAAAA